CAUCCCUUCAGUUGCCUACCAGUUUCCGCUUCAGUGUGGUCGCGGGCUGUUAACGUAUCCCCCACAAAUAAUACACCUACAACAGCCUACCAUUGAGGAAACAAUGAUUGUUUAAAUUACGCAACAUACUUCUGGUUCUGGUUUCCUCAUGGUCCUUCCGUUUGACACUUGCAACUUAUUUCACUGACACCUUCAAAAUAUACCGGCAACAACAACGUUUAGUUUUUACCUCGAGUUCGCUCUUUUCUUCGCUUUUCUAAGGACUUCGAGUGCUGGAAAGUUCCCUGUGUCACUAGAAACAGAUGCUUGGUUGCUGACUCGGGAGCGGAUAAGUUAAUAGAAGAACAGCAACAUGGCUCGAGUACAAAACAAAGAGCGACUACCAAGCGAUGAAGAAAACCUAACCGGGAUACCCAGUCCCGAUUCCGUGGCGGACUCGCCCUGUCUGCGGCCUAGUCUCAGCAACGGCCACUGCACCAGAGAAGCGACCACGUUCACUUUUCCUGCACAGGGGGACCAACGGGGAGUUCCAGAAGUGACGACGAGCCCAUUAUUUCAGAGAACACGGCUGGAGAAGAGACUGAUCAUCUUAGCGGUUAUCUUGGCGGCAUGUUCGGUCACAAUGGUUUCAAUCCUCUUCGUACAGUGGCAUUCAAGUUUAAAUCAAAGGAAUAACCAGGCUCAGAGCGCCGGGGAAUGCUCAGAAAUAUGCACAUCACCAAACUGUGUAGCCUCAGCGGCUCGACUGAUUACAAAUAUGGAUUUAGAUGUGGACCCCUGCGAAGAUUUCUAUGAAUAUUCAUGUGGAGGUUGGCACAAGUCUAAUGUCAUUCCCGAGGACGAUUCACAUUAUGCAGUUCCUUCAAAACUUAUAAAGAGCUUAGAAAUCCAGUGUAAAGAACUUAUUGAAAGGAAGCCACCUCCGUCAGAAACGGCUGCAAUCAGAAAAGCAAGAAAUUUCUACCAGUCCUGUAUGAAUGAAGAUAUACUUACGCAGCGAGGGAGCGAACCAUUAAAAGCACUUCUCAGGGAACUCGGCGGAUGGCCCGUAGUCAACGACGGCGUGUACGAUGAGGGAACGUGGACGUUGGAAGACGUCCUGGCUGCAUCACGAAUACAGCUCGAUCGGAACUUCCUCUUCCACAACAGGAUUUCAGUAGAUGCGGCGGAUUCGAACGCACACAUUCUAACGUUUGACCAACCUAUACUUGGUUUAGAAAAUCGUGACUACUUCCUGAGAAAUGAGUCAAUAAAGGGUUUGGAAGCAUAUCAAAAAUACAUGAUCGACAUGGCGCUGUAUGUGAGAGGGGACAGUGACAGGGAAGAAGUUACCAGACAGAUGCAAGAAGUUCUAAACUUUGAGAAAAAGAUGGCAAACAUUUCUAUGACGCAAUUAGCUAAAAGAAGAGCCCAGAUAAUGAAUCAGAAAGUCAGUGUAUCAUAUCUCAAAAGGAGAAUUCCUGCUAUUAAUUGGACUCGAUAUUUUCAGCUGGUGAUGAAUACAUCGUCCGUCGACCACUCGAUGGAACUCGUCGUCUAUUCACCACAAUAUUUGCUGGGACUAAAUCAAAUGUUGUUAGAAACACCAAACAGGACCAUUGCAAACUAUGUUGUAUGGCGUGCUGUUACACAUACCAUGGAUAUGAUGAACACCGAGGCACGCUCAAUACGACAGACGUUCCUCAAGGUCGUGAGUGGAGAAAAGAAGGAACGUGCAAGAUGGAUCCAGUGCAUAGACAACACGAAUACUUACAUGGCUCACGCCUUGGGGGCGCUCUUCGUGCAGGAGAAAUUCGACGUAGAGAGCAAAGAAACGGCUUUUAAGAUGAUAGGACAUAUGAGAGACGCCCUCUAUAGUAUUAUAAACUCGACGGACUGGAUGGAUGACGUAACAAAACAGAAAGCAUUACAGAAGGCAUUCGCAAUAAGAGAACAAAUUGGAUAUGAGGAAAAAUUAUUAAACUUUACACAUCUUGAUGGGCUGUAUGAAGGAGUGGAUAUUACAGUAGAUCAGUAUUUUGAAAACGCUGUUCAGAUAAUGUCUGAACACGCCAGGAAGCUGUUCGGUAAACUUGAUGAAAGUGUGGACAGGUAUGGCUGGUCUACCGCACCUGUUGUUGUUAACGCGUACUACCAAUUCCCCAGUAAUUCGAUCACUUUCCCGGCAGGUAUUUUGCAGCCACCAUACUUCAGCAGACGAUAUUCAAGAUCUAUGAAUUACGGUGGAAUAGGAGUGGUAAUCGGACAUGAAUUAAUGCACGCGUUCGACGACAAAGGUCGUCAUUUUGAUAUCGAUGGAAACUUGGGUAUUUGGUGGUCGAAUUCAUCUAGUCAGUCAUUCCAGAGAAAAGCGCAAUGCCUCGUUGAUCAGUAUUCCAAUUAUCAAUAUGAAGAUCUCGGCAUGAAUAUUAAUGGUUGGCAGACGUUAGGUGAGAAUAUUGCUGAUAAUGGAGGCUUAAAGGAGGCUUUCAUGGCAUACAGACAUUCUGUUGAGGAAACCGGUAAGGAGGAACCGUUACUACCCGGUAUCAACCUCACACACAACCAGAUCUUCUUCCUAAGCUUCGGCCAGCUCUGGUGCGGGCUUCAUCGAGACCAAGAUCGAAUUAACAGCCUCAAAACAGAUUACCACUCACCUCUGAAAUUCAGGGUCUGGGGAUCUGUAAGCAACUCCGAACAUUUCGCUAAAGCUUUCAACUGCCCGACCGGAUCACCCAUGAAUCCUACAAAGAAGUGUGGUGUCUGGUAACAUAAACAUUAUCAUUAUAUCAUCUGCUCAAUUAUGUCGCACGAAAACGUCUACCGUGGAAGUACGUCUCCAAAGAUGCUCCAAAACUCCGCAAAUCACACCCCGAGCGACCUCACGAAAAUUGACGUUUAACUGUAAUGAUUCUGUUAACUGGUACUACGCCGGAUAAUUUUGUAUUUUGUCAAUCGCCCUCACUAUCACAGCUCUGAAUAAUCUGUAUUCACAGUAACAAAAUGUUCAGAAUAUUUUGAUUCUUUAAUCAAGUGUUUUGAUUAGAAUAUUAUAGGCGAAGUUGUCCUUUCAGUUGAAGUUUUGUAGUAGAGGCUUUAGAGAAGAUGUGGCUAAUUUCAGGGCAGGAAUAGUCCGAGAAAUCUCCCUUGUGAGACGAGAGAACUAGCUGAAUGAUACUUCGAUAUGAAGAAGGUUGCAAUUAAAAUAUGAUUGUUCUAAAUUCAGUGAACUAUUUUGUAUUGUCUAUCAAUUAGAUCUGUAAUCAUACCUGGAUAUCUCAAUCAUGUUGCAGAAAUACAACACAGGGAGUGAGGAAUACAGUAUUGAAACCCCUAAAAUUAGUUCCAAUCAAACCAUUACAGAUUAUCUCAGUUUUUAGAAAAAUAAUGUAUCAAUAUCCAAUUAUAAAGACUUCGUUUUCUACGUUUUGUUAAUAUUUUUUUAUUUUGAUUGUUUUAAAAGUUGUAUUAUGUUAUAAAUAUUAUAAUACGAUGUAGAAUAUUGCUGUCACAUGAAUAGUAUUUAUUUCCCUUCUUCUUCUUCUACUUUCCUUUCCUUUCCUUUUCUUUUUGUUUUACUCCCCUUCUCCAUUUGUCUUUGUCUCAAUUUAUUUUCGUUCAUUUCUCCCACUGUUUGGCCCCUAGUGUUGUGUUGGUCUGUUAUUACCCUUUCUUUUCUCAUGUUCACAUUAUUAUCAACAACUACGUAUUUUCAAAUCAAUCACAUGUAUUAUACGAAUAUGUACAAUUGUAUAUUCAAAAUGAUGUAAGUAAUAGUGUACAGAUCUUAAAUGAAUGAGAGUGUUAACGCUUGUAUUGAGUGAAAAUUGUAGAUUAUUAUUGAAAAAUCUUUCAUUCAACACUCCAAAAGUUUUAUAUAUAUAUAUAUAUUCAAUUAUGUUUUGCCCAGGAUCGAAAACCCCGAAAUAUACAAAUCUUGACUACAAUAAUGUUAUUUACAAUAAGUUUCUCCAAAUUGUUGAUGAUGUAAUUGCUAAUUUCCUAAAACAUUUUAAAGCACAAUGCAUUUCAUUCACUUCAUGCAAUUGCCUUUGUUUUAACAUUGGAUUCGUGCAUGUUUGCAGUGUCAAAACAGAUC